AAUAAAUUGGACCAAGUGAACAGGAUGAAGACUUCAGGAAGAUAGUUUUUAAAAAUUCGGAAACUAAAUUCAACAAAUUGUCAGCAAGGUUUUAAAAUGAAGACUCUAAACUGUUCUUUAUUGCCUGCCGAGACCUGCCCUGGAAACAUUCCUUGUGUGCAAUGCCUCACUACAACUGGAGCAGGCAGUAACGUGAAGGCGCUAGGACCCGGGCAGCUGGUGCUGCAUUCCCUGCCGGAGGGAGACAGAUAGGAGUCUGCAUCACACACAACGCAGACGAGGAGCUGAGGAGACAACUGGAGUUAAAUACUCUCUGCGGUCUCCCAGCAACGGCCCUGACGCAGAAAUCCCAGUCUUUUCCCAGGGACUUGCGCUGAGAAUAAGCACUGGCCGCCGGCUGCGGGGAGUCGGUGCAAUCUGAAAGCUGCAGCAUGGACACUCGGUACCGCUCCGUCCCUCAGUAAAACCAGAUAACAGCUACGGUGUAAAUAAGGCACAAUGGCCACUUGGUCAGUGCCAAAACUUGAGGUAAAUCUUUUCGAAGGUGGCCAGGACAACCCAGAGAGUCAGAGUGAUGAUCAUCUGAGGAGUUUAAAAGCACUCACCCAGAAACUGAGACUUGAAACCAGAAGGCCUUCCUACCUGGAGUGGAAAGCCAACCUGGAGGGGAAAGAGUGGAAAAGUACAAAGCCAUCAGAUGACCAAGAGCCUGCAGUUACAAAGAAACCCAGUGAGGACCCCAGCAACUUCAAGAGAACACAAAAGCAACUCAGUGAGAGGUCUGACAAGGAUAGGAGCUUGACUUCAGGGAAAUUUAGUGGCUUUGAAAAUAUUGACCAGGCAUUGAACUGGCUUAGGAAGGAAUUGACAGAAAUGCGUCUGCAAGACCAACAGCUGGCCAGGCAACUGAUGCGCCUUCGCAACGACAUCAACAAGCUGAAGAUUGAGCAGACCUGCCACUUGCACCAACGGAUGCUCAAUGAUGCCACUUAUGAGCUGGAGGAGCGGGAUGAACUGUCGGAUUUGCUCUGUGACUUCCCAGUGACCAAUGCCUUCUCUCUGUCGGCGCCUCUCAAACUCAUCGGCGUAACUAAAAUGAACAUCAAUUCUAGACGGUUUUCUCUGUGUUAAGAGCACCAUGUAUUGUUUAACUGUAAUAGUUUCUCAUUAGAAACAACCAGUGUUUCAGAACUGCAGCGGAACAAGGCUGAAUAGUUUCUUCUCUUCUGCUUUUUUUUUCGCUAUGUUGCUUUCCCUUUUACUCUGUUUCCCUUUUUCCUCCAAGCUUCUCCCGAUGACAGCAAUUCUUGGUGUGGUAUUUCUCCAUGAGUAACAGGAAUGACCCCGGCAGGGUGAGUAUCGGUAGGUUACAUGGUUCAGUCUUCUCCUUGUGAUCGAGGUGCAGAUCAGAAACAUGAAACUUGAGAAGAUUAUUGCGCUCCCUUUAUCCAGGAAUGCUGCAGAAAGUCCCUUUACCUCAGCUGGGAUCCCUUGAUCAAACACAAGACUUUCUUGGUCAUCAGAGCUGAAGAAUCUUCAUUGUGAAUGCAAUGUCAGAAAUCUUAUAAAAGGAGUCUAAAAUCACUUUGUAAUUAUAGCUGAUUUCAAUGGGGCACCAAAUUGAGAUUGUCAGUCCAGUUAUAAAAACAAAAUUCUGGAAUCUCUCUGUAGAUCAGGCAGCAUCUGUGGAAAGAGAAAGUGAGUUGAUACUUCUGGUCGAAGACUCUUCAUCAGAACUGGGAAAGAGGGAAAAACAAGUUAACUUUAAGUUGCAGAGAAGGUGGGGGGAGGGAUGAAUGUGACAAAGUGAAUAUCUGUGAUAGACUGACAUUGGAAAAACCAAAUGCAGAUUAGGUGAUCACUUUGUGGAGCACUUGCACCUCCACAGGAGUGACCCUGAGUUCCCUGUUGUGUGGCACUUUAAUUUACCAUCACCCUCUCAUUGCCUAUGGCCUCCUGCACCGUCCUACCAAGGCCCACUGCAAAUUUGAAGAACAAUACCUCAACUUUGGGCCUUCCACACUGGGCACUUUGUAGCCUUCCACACUCAAUGUCGAAUUGCUUAAUAUCAGGUAACUUGCUUUCUCUGUCUGUAUCAGAACCAGCCAUUUCUGCUGUAAGUCAUCAAUCUGUGAUAUUGGCUCCAUUUUUCCUCUCUCCAUUUGAACCUCCUGACUUGCUGAGCAUGUCUAACAAACCUGCAUUUUGCAACAUUUUACACUCCAUUGUUUGUGCUGUCACUCUGUAACUGCUGCCAUUAACCCAUCGACCAUUACUUGUCCCCUUGUCAACCCUGACCUGACCUGACCUUACCACAGAUAUUCCCUUGCUUCUGUCUAUUUCUGUCCCCGCCCCCCCCCCCCCCACCCCCAACUUCGCUGUAACUUAAAACUAACUUGUGCUUCUCUCUUUCCCAGUCCUCGUGAAGGGUCUUGGACCCGAAAUGUUAACUCUGUUUCUCAUUUCACUGAUGCUGCCUGACCUGCUUGAGUGAUUCCAGCAUUUUCUGUUUUUAUUUCAGAUUUCCUGUAUUUGGAUUUUUUGUUUUCCAUUCUCAAUUCAGUUUGUUGUGGAAUUAACAUAUUGUUUCAGCUGCAUUUGUCUCAUAAUGAAGGCACUGGACACCUAAAGGCAAGAAGAUAUACCUGAAGAGUUAGGCUUUCAGUAAGCAUGCAGCGAGUGGGGCAAUUCCAGAUGCAUCACCGUAUUUUGACAAUCCAAUUAUGCCACCUCUAGAUGAGACCCCCUUGAAAUUCAUGCAAAGCUGUUCAGAUCUUUCUCCCACUGACAGGAGGAAUGCAGCCUGGAAACUGGCUUGCAUGGCGCUUCAUUUUCCACGGGUAUAUGAACGAGGGUUGAAUUAGCUCAGAGUAAACCAUGUUUCCAGACAUUUCCAGGCAAUCCCAGGGGAACAUAGACCUAAUAAAUUCAGCACCGACUUGGGAGGCCUUCAAGUAGAUACAGUAUUUACCCCACUCAUCAGGUUGCCCUUAAAGCACAAAAUCCAAGCCCACACAAAAAUAACUUCUCCACAUGCUGCUCCCUCCACCCUAGCCUACCCCCGACCAUCUCUACAUGACUCCCUGAACCUUUACUGUCACUCCCCUUUCCUUCCCCCACUCCUCAUCCUUCUCCUGCUGCUGACCCUCGCCCAGAACAUGCCAGUCUCACUGAUCUCACCAGCCCGUCCCAAAUGCCAGGCCAAUCUUCUCCCACCCACUCCCGAUAAACAGAAGACAACAGUAAUAAAGCACCAUCAGUGGUGGUGAAUACCAUUACCAGCCUCCCCAUCCCUCCUCCCUAAUUGUGCCUGCAGCCAGCCUCCAGAGCACAGCCUCAUGCUCGAGAUAUCAGCUCGCAUUUACUCAAAUUCAGUCCAAAAUAGCCAAGUGUGCACUGGAAUUUUGAGACGUAUGUGAGUAACUUUCAUGGUGAACAAGGUAAAGUCACUUGACGGAUUACUGGCAAACCAGAUGAUUUUAAAGGCCUGGUGGGAAACAGCUGCAUGACAUCCAACACUUUGGAGUAUCACAGCUACCACAACCCCGCACACUAAGCUCCUGAUCUUAAAUACAGCAACCCUGGGAAAACAGCAAGUUGAGAUUUUAGUAUUUUGUUAUUUAUUCAUUUUUUUGUGAUGUGGGCAUUACUGGCAAAGCCGGCAUUUGUUGCCCAUCCCUCAGUGCUCUGGAGAAGGUGAUGGUGAGUUGCCUCCUUGAUACUGCAGUCCUGAGGAAAAUGCUGUUGUGGAGGGAGUUCCAGGAUUUAGACCCAACACUGAUAUAGGAACUGAUAUAAUUCCAAGUCAGAAUGGUGUGUAACUUGGAGGAGAAACUGGAUUUGGUGCUGUUCCCAUGUGCCUGGUGUUCUUGUCCUUGGUGGUAGGGGACACCGAGAACAAUGGGAAACCCCAGGAUAUAGUCGUAUGACUGCUGAUAUGUAAUUUAAGACCAUGUUUAACCUAUGUUUGGAAGUGAUUUGCUUACCCUUCAGUAGUCUCUGAUUACACGCAGUAACUGCCACUGGGAAUCCAAUAAUGGGGCGACUACCUUUUAUAUGCGUCUCAUCACCAACAAGCGUACAAGCUCCAGCUCUUUAAAGACACGCAUACAAUUUCAAAGCAAUCAUUUUUUUAAAAAUCUGAUAUUCAACAAAGCCAUUACACUGUAAUUAUUUAUAAAGGAAAAUAGGUAGAUUCCUGAGCUGCUGAACUAUGAUCCCAGAGAGUAUGCAGUCAGGCAGGGGUUAAAACCUAAAUAUUGCACCGUGAAGUAAUGAGAUACAGGUUCACACUCCCAGUUCUCCACAGGAAGAGCUCCUCAGGUUGGCCACACCUUCAAUAUGAGAUGCCAAGUGGAAGGAAGACAUUUAACUAUCUGAACAGAGUGAAAAUCAGAGGUGGAUUAACCAAUACUCACAUUUGUUAUAACUAAUACUUCCCCCUCCCCUCACAAUCCCCACACCUGUUGACGAAAAUAGCUUGCACCAGAUCUUUAGCAUGCUAAUACUGCAAUUAUGGCCACUUUGUCUGUAAAUGUAACCAUGAAGCUAUUGUUGUGGGACAUUUUACGGUAAUCCUGACAACUAAAGUACUGGUUUAUAGAUUUAAUAUUACUGGAAAACAAGGUGAUUCAUGUUCUGUUCAUGUUGUGAAAAUCAUCUAUCCGAAGUCAGAAGGUAGCGCCCACCCAAAAAGAGACUGGACACAGAACAACAUUGGCCAAGACUCUGCAGGUUUAUAUAAAUGUUUCAAUCACCUGCAGAAUGGUAUUUGAUGGGAGUGGGAUUUGAAUGCGACCUGAAGAUGGGAAGAAAAGGAAGCAUGAGAUACUUUAAAAGGAAACAGUAAUAAUCAAAUUGGUCCUUUGACUUUGUUGAGAAGCUUUGAACUGUUAAAGGACCUCAAUGUAGUUAGAAUUUUCACUGUCAUCUGCUGUGGUUGGGCAAAUAAAUUUGCAGGGAAGCAUGGCCCCACAUUUCCAAAAUCUAUGUCCCAGACCUUCAGACCUAUUGGUCAGGAUAUUGUGAUCAGUGGCACGGGGAUGGUGUUUGCCAUUGACACAAAAUGAAAACAGCCUUCAAAGAUCCUUAAGUGGAUUUCCUCUGUUCUGAUGGGCUGAAUUUGUUGCUAUUUGUAGCAUCCAGCAGCAAGGAAGACAUCAGGCAAGCUGAUUAACCACUUAUGGGUUUCCCAAAUGCAGUAAAAUAAGACCAUUGUAACAGAAAGCAAACUAAAGGAAUAUACCUGCCUGAGUGGAAGGGUGGGAAAACUGAGCAAAGUUUCAGAAGGGUAAGAUCACACAGGCCAGGGAGAAUGGGAACGGGAUUCUUCAAUAGCCAAUAAAGAAAAACCCGUAUUUUAAUCCUGAAAGAACAAGUUACCCCUUUAGUCAAUGGCCAUUGCUUUGCCGAUUGUUCAGACCAUCUGCACUUUCUCUACCUGGGAUAUUGAAGUUACUAAUGUAAAAUUUAGGGAAAUAUGUUUAGUUCCAUUUUGGUUUCCCUCUGCCCCAGUUUUCUUCCAAUAGCAGUCAUUAAUGCUGGAAAUUGUUCCAAUCUUGCCAUCAGCCAUUCAAUACCUUGCCACUGGCUUUGCAUCAUCCAUUGGUCUUGGCAGACUAUUGGGCAAUCUAAGUCCAAUCCUUUCGCCCAAUACUAAUCAGAACUUUAGCAGAGGGAUUUCAAGUUUAUGAGAAAAUAAUUAGAGAUAUUAUGUCUUUCCUGGUCUUUAUGGUUUGGUACCACACCACUGAACUAUGGUAGAAACAAAACUAAAUAGGUGCUGUUUAAUGCUCAUCUUCUGCUUUCAAUCUAGUUUUGUGCCUUUGCAUUCUUUUAUUGUCAGGAUGAAUGUGGACAGAAGCACAGGCAGCCUUUUCCUAGUUGGAAGAAACUGAUCGCAGCCUUAUCUGUCACUGCCAAAGAGGAGAAAGUGUGAGUGAAUAAAGCCAGCUGGAUUUCUCCCACUCCAUUGGAAAGGAUGCCUUGUGUAUAUAACUAUUCCUGGAGCUGGGGUGGGGCUUAUUCUAAAUUACAGAUAUAUAAACAAAAUGAUUACUCCAAAGGAACUCAGCAAGUUAGAGCAGGUACUACAGAAUUAACACAUAAUUAAGAGAAAUUCAAAGGACUGAUGUUGUUUUGACAGAAAAAUGUCAAGAAGUACCCAGGCGGUUAUCAAUAGCAAAUAGCAUCUGACUGACCUUACCAUAACAUCAUAAUACAAACAGGCUGCUGGGCAUGUGCGCACUUGGAUUCAACAUUUGUGUUCAGCAGCGGCAUUAAUUGUAUUUGUUUGCUUGAAGACUGAUAAAUAGAUGCCCAGCAGCAUUGUCUCAUACCUGCUUUAGUUCUUCUGAUAGCAGUAGUAACCAUUGGCUCCAUGUCAGAAAUACUGUUGCACUCUGAUGUGAUUCCCAAUGAAGAAUCUGAAUUUUGUGAAUUAGAAUAUCUUAAUAUUAACUUCUGAAUGGGAGCAGGAUGCUGCCCUUGUCAGUAGCUAUUGCUUUGUUGUGGCAGCUCCAAAAUUAAUAAAAAUGUA